GUCAGAAAUUUCACAUGGUCAAUGGCGCAGAGGGAACCCACGGCUUUGAUUGCACAAUCACACGACAAAAAGUUGUAUUUUGGGUUCUUACGAUCGUAAACAACAAAAUAUAACUGAAACAGAUAUCAAGUGUUCCGGUAGAUCACAAUAACACUUAUAGACUUGAGAUCUAGUGCUAAAGAGACGAGUUUCUGUGAUUAAUCCCGCCAUACGGCAGAUCAUAAGGACUUCGUAUCGGGGAAGUUUUCUAAGCCGACAGAGAUGGCAUCGAACGGUACAGACGGAGAAAGCAGUGCGGAUAGAAACGUCGAAAUAUGGAAGAUAAAAAAAUUGAUAAAAAGUCUAGAAGCAGCUAGAGGAAAUGGCACAAGUAUGAUUUCCUUGAUCAUUCCACCAAAAGACCAGAUUUCCAGAGUGUCCAAAAUGUUGGCUGAUGAGUUUGGUACUGCAUCUAACAUCAAGAGUAGAGUGAACAGACUAUCUGUGCUGGGAGCCAUCACGUCAGUACAGCAGCGGCUCAAACUAUACAACAAAGUUCCGCCCAACGGUCUGGUGAUAUACUGUGGUACCAUUGUGACAGACGAAGGAAAAGAAAAGAAAGUUAACAUUGACUUUGAGCCAUUUAGACCUAUCAACACAUCUCUGUAUCUUUGUGAUAAUAAAUUUCAUACAGAGGCCCUGACAGCCCUGCUAGCAGAUGACAACAAAUUUGGGUUCAUUGUUAUGGAUGGAAAUGGUGCCCUCUUUGGUACGCUAUCAGGAAAUACACGAGAGGUUCUACACAAGUUUACAGUUGAUUUACCAAAAAAGCAUGGUAGAGGAGGACAGUCCGCUCUGCGUUUUGCCCGUCUCCGUAUGGAAAAACGACACAACUAUGUCCGAAAAGUUGCCGAGGUGGCUGUGACACUAUUCAUUACGAACGAUAAACCAAAUAUCGCAGGCUUAGUAUUGGCUGGUUCUGCAGAUUUCAAAACGGAACUGAGUCAGUCGGAUAUGUUUGACCCUAGACUGCAAGGCAAAAUCAUCAAGAUUGUUGAUGUGUCAUAUGGUGGGGAGAAUGGAUUUAAUCAGGCCAUUGAACUUGCAGCCGACGCUUUAGCAAAUGUCAAAUUCAUUCAGGAAAAGAAACUCAUAGGGAGAUAUUUUGACGAAAUCUCACAAGACACAGGGAAAUAUUGUUUUGGUGUGGAUGACACGCUACGAGCUUUAGAAAUGGGGGCAGUUGAUAUUCUCAUUGUUUGGGAAAAUCUGGACAUUACAAGAUAUGUUCUGAAGAAUCACCAAACAGAAGUUGAAAACAUUCUCCAUCUGAAACCGGAACAAGAAAAAGAUAAAACUUACUUUAUCGACAAAGAUACGGGUGUAGAACUGGAGUUGUCCGAACAGAUGCCUCUGCUUGAAUGGUUUGCGAAUAAUUAUAAAAAGUUUGGUGCCACAUUAGAAAUUAUCACAGACAAAUCACAAGAGGGAGCACAGUUUGUCCGAGGGUUUGGUGGAAUAGGAGGAAUAUUACGAUAUCAGGUAGACUUCCAGAUCUUCAACACGCCUACAUUUGACGACUAUGAGGAUUUUGAUCUUGAUGACUAUUAAAUAAUGACACUACAACUCACAAGUAACAUUGCCAGAUAAGUCCACAUUCAAGGCCUUUAACAAAGAAUGUGUAGACUUCUGAAAAAUCUUCUUCACCAUUUGUUUGAGGAUAAAACAUCUUUCUGAAGCCAAAUUCCUGUGGAGACAUGAUGACUUGAUAUGGCUACAUUAGUGGAAGUGUUUUUUCAGAUUUUGCAAUGUGCAAGAUUAUUAAAACAAAUUUUGCCAAUAGCUACUGUUCUGCAUUUUUUGAUGCGUAUUAAACAAAUUGAAAAUAUGUGUUAUCUGAAUAUGCAUUAUUUAGAAGACAUUUACAGGAGAUGAAGUCGGGAUGGAGCUUUCAAGUGUUCAAAAGAUGAUAUUCAUUUGCUCUUCAUUACUUCAGACAGCCUUCUAAAGAUUGUCCUUUUUAAAUAUACAUGUACUUUGUUGCAUUGUUGCUGCAGACAUUGUGAGGUAAUCAGAUCAGUUCUUUUGUUCUAAGUUAAAGCACAAAUGUGUGGGUAUGUAUAUAUGCCAGUACUUUAAGACAUAAACCAUUCCAAUUUUGUUGGAAUCGUAACUGUAAUUUCCACGCAUUUCUUUGAAAAUUCAGUCCUGUUAGUAUUUUUAACGAUAAUUCUAUUAUACUUAUUCAAAUUCUCUCCAAUUUGUAGCUGUUAAAUCAGUACAAUUGAAUCACCAUAAUUGUCAAGAUAUAUUUGGCCCUGAAUUAAAUACUAGAAAAUGUUUAUUUAACAGUACAUUUGAUUUUAUAUUGGUACUUUCAUGGCCAUCUUGUACAUUGCUAAGUUUGGUUCCACGAAUAGCAUUCAUUGCAGACAAAUAAUCAUGCUUACAUUCUGCAAUAAUUGUAACAGUAAGGUUGCAAAUGUAAGUUUAUAUUUGUCUCAUUGUUAUGACCAAUUGAUUUACCUCAGAGAGACAGUUGUUAUGCACAUUCUUAUUUAUAGUGUAAAGCAAAUAGAUCUAUAUUACAACAACCCAUGCAGGGUACCUGUGUGAAGAAUAACCAAUUUUCACGCUAACCUUUUUGAGGCUUCUGUCCUCUACAACAUUUUCCUAUCACAUUAAAUCAGUUAUCUCUCCGGCUUCAAUGAAAAAACCCAUUUGUGGAUGAAAGAUUAUAUUAUUCUAUAUCGCUACUGAUUAAGGACAGAAAUUUAUAUCAGUAUUGUUAAACCUCAGGUAGCCCUAGGAGGAAAUAUUGAGAUUGAUUUGCUGGCAUUCAACAACCAGGGUGAAAGUGCCCCUCUGAAAAUGAAAUGGGAUUUUUUUUUUUGCAAACAAGAAGGUUUUGUAUUUCGAGUCGACUCCCUCCAGAUUAGAUGUCAGAUUCUCAGAUUUGUUAUAAAUUUCCAACUAUAGUGUGAAUUGAAAUAAACAACAGUUUUAGCACUCUACUUUUCUUCGAAGUUGAGACUGAGAGUAAAUACAUUUGUGAAUAGGAGUGUCGAGAAGAGGAUAAAUGUAUUUAUUUCAAAUUUUCUAGUUUAGAUUUGAUCACUGUUUCCAGCAUUGUGUACUGGUAGACUAGCUUUUAUACUGAUGAGAUACAAAAUAACACAGCUACAAACAUGCCUAUUCUUUGAAACCCUCAUGUGGUUAAAAAAAAUGUAUACAGAUUAAAAUCUUUUUCAGUCUAGUUUUUGGCAGCCUGAAUGAUUUAACAUUUAACACAAAGUUUCAAAAUAAGAAUAUUUUUGAGAACUAUGUUGAAAGUUUCAAAAUAGGAUUUAUUUUGGUUAUAAUUUAUGAAUUUUUUCCUGUUUGUGGGUUUUUUUGUGGUCAUUUUGAAUCCCUUAUACAUGCAAAUUUAGUCUCCAAUUUCAAUCUUUUUGAAAUAUACUUGAAUAAAAUUGUGUGUGAAGUUGUCUGCUAAUCAUGUGUUCAGUAGCUGGGCCCUCAUAGUAUAUGAAUUUAUUAUAAAAACAAGUUUGAAUUCCAGAAAGUUAAGGGAAAGCUCUAAAAAAUUUACAUAAUAGUGUUCAUUGUAUUCACAAAAUAAGUUUCAAAAUCGGUAAAAUGUCCCCUACUGUACAAUAUCGUUUAUUUAAUAGGAUAUUAGCUUCCAUGUCUGUCAUAUUUGCAUUUGACAUGAAUUCUUAACAUCAGUGAAAUAUUACAAGGCAUAUCAAGUAAAAAAAAAAAAAAAUUAAAUGCAUAGUCUACAGGUUUACAAAUCGAUCAGUCUAGUACAAGUAUAAGUGUUCUGUUGUAUGUUUUAACCGGUUCUUUUAUAUCUGGCCUGAAAAAAACUUGGAAUACAGCAAGGGAAUACAGCAAGAGAAUGUAUCAUUAUUAAAAAUUUGCAAUUUGUAUAUACUGUUUGUAAUGGAACGAUACUAUUAUUUAUGAAGUAACUGGAUGUGAUAUUGCUCUGAUUUAGGAUGGCUGUAUAUGGUGAGGUGAUUAUAAGCCAUCCAUUCCAAGAUACAAACCCCACAAAUCAGAUUAAUAUUGUAUUUAGUCUGUAAAACAUGAUAUAUAAAAGUUCAUCACACCACAGGCCAUUUCUUUGUUGCUUGUUCCUAUAGCUCUUUUGUAGAUAAUUUUGCAAAGGAUUUAUUGAGGGAAGGGAGGCAACUCCUGUGCACAUCCAUGUGACCUCGUAUAUCGCGAUCCAAACGGGUUGAACCGGUUGGACCAAAGUUGUUCGUUUAUGAAAUAAGGUCGGACCUAGUAAUCUGAUGCUGCUUUCAUGCGAACAUUGACAAAGCCUUGCAAGGUUACUUGAAACUAUUGAAAUGCCUUGACCUAUUGGAUAGCAAGAAUGUAGGGAGUGGUGUGAUAAUUUUUGUACAUUUUUUUGUUGAUAACAUUUCCAACCUGAUGAAUUUUGCACUAGAGAUGGUGAAGUGUAUAAGUACUAUGUGUUUGUAGGACAAAGCUGAGAAACUAGUUAUCUCCCUUCAAUUCAAGUGCUCAUUUGUGAUUUUGUUGGGAUGAUCAUCAUAUUUUGUUUGUAACGUUUAUUUGUGAACAAGCUAUUACAAGGUGAAAUGUUUGUAUCCUGUUUUAUGAAUUAGAUUCGUUAUGAGGUUAUUGACAGAAAAAUUAUAUAGUAGGAUCCAACAAUGGGUCCUUGUUGACAAUUACAGACCAUGUAAACUACAUUGUGCACAUAUAUAUGCAGGAAUUAUAGUUAUUGAGCUUAAGUUGUUUCUUUUAGUUUUGUUUGAAUAUGCAUUUAAAAUGUAAUGAAAUGUCAUGAGAAAUGGUAUCCAUUGAUCAUCCCUAACUAUAAAGUACAGCAAUGUUGUAUGUCCACACAAGGGUGUGUCCCCUACUGCUACCCCUCCUCAAUCCUCUUUCCCUCCCAAACAACACUACCCAUACCCUGGUGUAUGUCCAUACAUCAAGGGUGUGCUUCCUACUCCUUCCUAACCCAAGCAUCCCCAAUCCUCUUACCCUCCCUACCCUUCCCCAAUCCCUGGUGUAUAUACUUACAAGGGUGUUUCUCCUUCUCCCUCCUCUCCCCUUACCCUCCCCUUACUCUCCCCUUACCCUCCCCUUACUCUCCCCUUACUCUCCCCUUACCCUCCCCACCCAAUCCAUGGUGUCUGUCCUUACAUGAGGGGUAUUUCCUAGUUUCUCUCACCCUCCCCUUCCCAGAUCCCACAUCUGGAUGCCUGUUCAUACAAGGUUGUUCCCUUUUCCCUCCAGCUCUUCCUUAGUUAUAGAUGGACAUGGCAUCCUCGUGAUGACACUCCCCACCAGCACCUUUACAUGUAACUUAUAACCACCCUUUCUUCCUCAGUUAUGGAUGGACAUGGCACCCUCAUGAUGACACUCCCCACUAGCACCCUUGUGUGGACAUAGAUCGAUGUGUCAUAUUCAGGUAGCCAGAUCUGUUGAUUCACCCCUUCGUAACUUUAGUAGACUCUACCAUGCAUUGAUAUGGAUGAGUCCAUUAUCGUCUACGGUGGUGAAAAGGUUGAUAUGCUGAUACGAGAUUUAAGAAGAUUUAAUAUGAAGUAGUUGUCCGACAUUAUGUCCAAGAACCGAAGUAAAGUCACAAAAUGCAACGACAGAAAAGAUUUUACUGAAUUUAAUCAAAAUUUCAUUUGCCAACAUCACACUUGAAAAUAUGGAAAGACUGAAUUCAUUUUUUGCUGGCCUUGUAUACUAUCUAACUCUGCACAGAAAUUAUAAAGAAUUAUUUGUAAGUUUGAGAGCGAACUAUUUGUUCAAAUUUGUGCAAGUGUUUGUUACAAAAUACUGGAAGCCACCAUAGAAAUAAAACAUAAUACAAGAUUUA